AUGGCAGAAAAGGGGAGUGGGAAUAUGGAAAAUAACAACUCUGAUGAUGCAGUUUCUGGACGAAUAGAGCAAAUAUUAUGUCAGCCAUGUUCCAGUGAGGAUAAACAAACUGUAGCUGAUGUGUUUUGUUCAACAUGUGACGAGUUUCAGUGUGCAGAAUGUUCAAACGUACAUAACACUCACGCGUUUUUGAGAAAUCACAUACUAGUGAAAGCAAAAGAGGUGAAAACGAAACAAGUUGCGUUUGAUAUGAAAGGAUUAGACCAAUGUGAUGAGCAUCAGAAAGUUUUAGAAUUCUUCUGUGAAGAUGAGAAUCAGCUUUGCUGUAGUACAUGUGCUAUUGUGGAUCACCGGAAAUGUCACAGUGUCGUAGAAAUACAGAAUAUUGCUGGAAGGUCUGCAUCAGCAAGUUCCAAAUUAAAGGUCAAGUUACAUGAAGUAAGAGAGAAGGCUGAAAAGAUCGUUCAAAAUGCCAAGACAUCAAAAGAGCGCCUGGAUCAAGAUGUUGAAGAAGUGUCUUUAACAAUUAGACGAAUGCGUGAUGAUGUAAUGAAAAUGUUUGACGAUUUGGAAGUUUCCAUUGCUAAGGACGCUGAAUCAUUUAAGACAGAGACACUCGAUAAGCUGACAAAGAAGCAGACAGACAGUGAGAAACAUAUUGCUAAUGCAACAAAAUCACUUGAAACAAUCGAUAAUGUUGAUCAGAAUGGGACGCCAUCACAGAAGUUUAUAUUGGAACAGAUAAUGAAGAGACAGGUCGAUGUACUUAGCAGUGACGUUGACAAGGAAUGUCAAAAUUUAGAGACCGUAACCAUUUCGUUUGAUUUUGAUGACACUAUAAAACUGCCCCCACUUCCGAUUUCUUAUUACGUUCCGGGACAACUGACAUUAAAAUGCUCUUCAUCGGAAUCUGUGAAACCUAUAACACCUUUUGAUCCGAUCGUUAAAUUAACGAAGAUUACUUCCAUUGAACUUGAGCAGACUGGAGAUGAUGUCGAGGAACCGUUAUACCCAGGACUGGACUUACUGCCGGAUGGUAGACUGGUUACCAUAGAUAAUAAAAACAAGAAAUGUUUGAUUUACAAUGAGAAGCUUGAGAAAGUAGGAUCAUAUCAGUUAUCAUAUAAACCAAGGAGUGUUGUUGUUGUAUCUGAGGAGGAAGUGGCGCUAACAAGUGGUGGUCUAUACAAGAUAGACUUUCUACGUGUCAGUAAAUCUAAUGAAAUAACUUUGAACAGGACAUGUAAGGUAACGACUAAGUAUGACUCUAUAUGUAUGAAAGAUGAUCGACACUUUGUUGUUGGAACUUACGAUGAUACAAGACCAGUUCGUAUUGUGUCUCUGUCAGGAGAAGAAAAAGAUUUCAAUAUCAACUUUCCAAACAAGAAAUAUCAUUUAAACACUUCUGCUUGUACCUAUAUAAGAAACAGUGACAAAAUUGUUCUCACCGAUAAGAACGAUCAUACUGUCUACAUAUAUGACAUCACGAGCAACACAAGAGUUGUUGUCAAGGACGACCAGAUCAAGGAACCACGUAGUGCAGUAGUAGGUCCAUCCGACUGUAUCCUGGUUUGCAGUAAUGGAACAAACUCCAUCGUACAGAUCUCUCAGACAGGUCGUGUCCUAUCAUCAUACAAGUUGGAUAUGAAAUUGCCAUACAGAGUCUGUGUUUCCAAGAACAAAUCACUUAUUGCUGUCUCAAGUAACAUGAAUGGUGGAAGAAAGUUGCAGCUGUUAAAAGUAACAUAA